GGAGUUUCCACCGGGCCGGUGAUUUGGUGCAAUGCGAACACUUAAAUUGUGCACGGUGUCAGAUAGAUAGGCGGGAGCAGCAACCUCCCACUCCUCCUAUUGCUAUAACAACCACAGGGCGGUCGGUGUGACUCCAUGGCACAGCAGAUCGGAUGCGACUGCCAAGUGACAUCCUCCUGCAAGUAGCCCGACCUCAGCUCACCGCAUCGCCGCUUGACACUGACUAAAUCCCGCCCGGGUAGGAGGAGGGGGAGAGCCUGUGUUUCCCCGUCACAGUGAUCUGAACAGUGGGGAAGCUCAGACUCAGGAUCCGCUACGUCAAACAGAUUAGUCAAAUAACCUCUCGGGGUAGGACAUACCUCCCCUCCUUGGGCUUGACUGGCUGCAUGCAUGGGCUGAGGAAGCAAGAUAGUCUGCGCUGACAAUAGCCAGGAAGCCUUUGGCGAAACACACAAGUGCACUACUUUUCUUUUUCUUUUUUUCUUUCUUUCUUUCUUUCUUUUUUUGGGGGGCUGGAUGAGACGACUGUGGUGAUCCUCCAGCAGCGUCUCUUCUUUACCUACCCCCACCCCCGGUGCGAAAUGGCGAAAGAAAACGGCGAGUCCAGCGAUGGAUCUUGGAAAAAGCAUGUCGAUGAUAUCAAGAAAAUAUUUGACUUCAAGGAAGUCCUUGGGACGGGUGCUUUUUCCGAAGUGGUGAUGGCUCGGGAGAAGGCCACGGGAAAGAUGGUCGCAAUCAAGUGCAUCCCGAAAAAAGCGCUGAAGGGGAAGGAGACGAGUAUCGAAAAUGAAAUCGCUGUGCUUAGGAAGAUAAAGCAUGAGAAUAUCGUGGCUCUGGAGGACAUCUACGAGAGCUCAAACCACCUGUACCUCAUAAUGCAGCUGGUGUCUGGAGGUGAGCUGUUUGACCGGAUUGUGGAAAAGGGCUUCUACACGGAGAUGGAUGCCAGUCGGCUCAUUCGGCAGGUUUUGGAUGCAGUAAACUAUCUGCACUCCAUGGGCAUAGUGCACCGAGACCUAAAGCCUGAGAACCUGCUGUACUUCAGUCCUCACGAUGAGUCAAAGAUCAUGAUUAGUGACUUUGGCCUGUCAAAGAUGGAGGGAACAGGUGACGUGAUGGCCACCGCCUGUGGGACUCCAGGAUACGUGGCUCCUGAGGUUUUAGCACAGAAGCCCUACAGUAAAGCUGUGGACUGCUGGUCUAUUGGGGUCAUCGCUUAUAUUCUGCUUUGCGGUUACCCUCCUUUCUAUGAUGAGAACGAUUCAAAACUCUUUGAGCAGAUUCUCAAGGCAGACUAUGAGUUUGACGCACCGUACUGGGAUGACAUAUCAGACUCCGCCAAAGACUUCAUCAGCAGCCUAAUGGAGAAGGACCCAGAGAAGAGAUUCACAUGUGACCAGGCUCUUCAGCACCCCUGGAUCGCUGGAGACACAGCUCUCUGCAAGAACAUACAUGAAUCAGUCAGUCGACAGAUGCGGAAAAACUUUGCCAAAAGCAAAUGGAGGCAAGCCUUUAAUGCGACAGCUGUGAUCCGCCACAUGAGGCGCCUUCAGCUGGGCACCAGCUUUGGCAGCAGCAUCCACGGCAACAACUCUGUAUCCAGCCCUCAGAGCCGAGCUCCAGCCAAGAGCCAGUCUGUGGACUGCGCCCCGCUCUCCCUGAAGGACUGUCCUCCAAUAGCUCCUUUGCCAUCUGCUGUUAAAGUGUACAAUCAGGACUCUGAUUCCCCCCCUCCUGUGCGAGAGGAACCUUCGGUGGCAGCCGAGCCAUCGCGGCCACGACCCUCCACUGUUACCGUCAUCCACACUGGGACUAAAUGACGCCAGGUUCCGCGGGAGGUGAGCUGGGAGACCACGGAGCUUUGAGACGGGAUUUAACCAUCCCAGGCCUCGUGCUUCAAUGUCGUUGCCCAGUUUGCCCAUCCCGCAACCUCCCAUCUGUUUCUGCCAACCACGGGAGGAAUUUAAGGAGCAUUGGCUCAGCUCCAUUUACCACGGCUCAGCACAGCACCUCGCUGCUUCCCUUCCCACUGUCAUACAGACCUGGAAGUACAGAGGGGGAGAGGCUCACCAGAAGUUGUUAUUGUGGAAGCCAUGUUCAGUCUGGAUCAUGGCUGUCUGGCAAACAAGCAGCUGGUCUGGGAAGUGCCACACUAAAGGGAACUCUUUACUGAAGCUGCUGUCAUUUUUGACUGUGAGCGUCUUGAGACAGGACGCUCCUCUGUAUGCCUUGUGUAAAUAUCCUGCCUGGAAGUGGAGUCAUGUUAUGCAAGUGAAAUAUAAGCUUCAAGCUGUGGUAAAUAAUUGUGACAUCAUCUGCACUCUGAACUUCUCGUCGUUUUGACUGCUCGUUAAUUUGCUGUGGUAUUUGCUACAAUGGCUCACAGGGGCAUAACAGUAUGGUAUGACAGUAUGUGUAAUCUCUUUGCUUUACAGUGUGUGGCCAUGAAACACGAGCAGGAUAAUGUGCUUAGGUCAUGGAGAGGGCCAGUGCAUUGCACUAAUGUAUUGGAUUAUUUAUUUUCUUACAAUAUAUUAUGACUUUUGUAAGAAUAUCACUUGCAGAAAUGUGUAAAUGUAUUAUUAUUAAACUGGACUGAAAUGUAAUUGCAUUGAAUGAUAAAGACACAGUAUCUAAUAGUAUUUACUUUGUAAUUGCUGUUUUAUUUGAUUAAUUACUUUUAACGUGACUGUGAAGUCCUCCUUGACCACAGGAGGGCAACCACGUGUUGUCGCUGUGUGACCAGUUCUCAGGGAUGUGCUCCAACAUGAAGCUAUCCAAAACCCCCGCUCAGAGUGGUCAGACACUGGCGUUGGGGUUGGCGAUGAUGAAGUAGUUGAACUGAAAAACCUCCACAUACUGCAUAUUAUUCUAAUGUGCCAUUGGGAGACUUUGACAGGUGUUGUCUUUCCUCAAAUCCACCAUUACUGGCUUAUGAGUGUCAUGUAACUUGUACUGAAUAGAUUGUUUUCCCACGAAAAAAAAACCUUGAAUUACAGAUUUGGAUUUAAAGACAGUGUUUAUCAGUGAAGUGCACACUCAUGUCUGUCGUAAAAAUGUAAAAUGACAAAUGAAUGCAACUGUAUCUUGAUACCAAUUGCUCCCAUUGCAGAAUCGUCAAAUCAAUAGUGUACAGUUGAGUAGUUGAAAUAUCGUGCUCUGCUUCCGCUCAUGAAGUGGCUGGUCUGAGAACAGCUCACUCUCUCUGUGUUUAAUCACUGUGCUUUCAUACCAGCCUGUUGAAUUUAGCAGAAAGACUCUUUCUCCUUCUCUCUCUCUCUCUUGCUUUCACACAGAGAAGAGAAGGGAUUUGUCUUUGUAUUUUCUCUGUGAAACCUCUAUUUAAUUUUAAAACACAACACGAAAGGGGGAAAAAAAGAACACUCUACCAGAACAUGCCCAAAAUCAAGGGCUUUGCCAUCUGGAAUUAUCUAAAAAUGUUGUGGUGAAUAUCGGCAUAUGGACAUUGAGCCUCUAUUUACUGUAAAUACAAAUCUCAACAACACAGUUUGCUUGGGUCUUGAGUGUUUAUUUUUAUUGCCUUCCCUGUAUUUUUUCCCGCAAAAAACAUCAAAAGAAAGCAAAAAUACUAAGCAUUUAAAGUCCCUCAGUAUGCAUGCAUUACAUAUUGUUUCAGAACUGUUCUUUGGAGUUGUAGAGAUUCAUGUAUUAAAAAAGAGGCUCGUUUA